AUGACACAAACCGACCACCCAAUCGAUACGCCUCCGCGCGCUCCCUCUCCAGUUCAUCGAUUUGGAACUCUUGCCGUACAUGCAGGUUCUCCUCACGAUCCAUCAACUGGCGCCGUUAUCGAGCCUAUCUCGCUCAGUACGACUUUUGCGCAAACAGCCGUAGGCAAGCCAGUGGGCAUUUACGAAUACAGUCGAUCCUCGAACCCCAAUCGCGAUAAUUUUGAGAAGGCUGUAGCUGCCAUUGAGCAUGCAAAAUACGCCCUGGCCUUCUCUUCUGGUUCUGCGACAACCGCUAUUAUCUUGCAAAGUCUAGCUUCCGGGAGCCAUGUCAUCAGUGUCAGCGAUGUCUAUGGAGGAACACACAGAUAUUUCACACAAGUCGCAAAGGCGCAUGGAGUAAAUGUUACAUUCACGCCGGAGAUUGAAGUCGAUAUUAGCAAGUACAUCAAGCCGGAGACGAAGCUUGUUUGGAUCGAAUCACCCUCCAACCCUACAUUGCGCCUGGUAGACAUUCGCGCAGUCGCUUCGGUUGCUCACCAGCAUGGAAUCAUGGUGGUCGUCGAUAACACUUUCCUCAGUCCGUAUGUUCAAAAUCCAUUGGAUCAUGGCGCAGAUAUCGUGGUCCACUCUGUCACAAAGUACAUCAAUGGACAUUCCGAUGUGGUCAUGGGUGUUGCCGCAUUUAACUCGGAUUCUAUGAAGGAGAGAUUGUCAUUCCUGCAAAACGCCAUUGGUGCUGUACCUUCGGCUUUCGACUCCUGGUUAGCACACAGAGGAUUAAAGACCUUGCAUUUGAGAGCAAGAGAAGCAACCGUCAACGCUACCGCCGUCGCGCAUGCGCUCGAAGCAUCACCUCACGUUACAGCCGUCAACUAUCCCGGUCUCGAUUCGCACCCUCAUCGCAAGAUCGCACUCAAGCAACACAGAAAUGGAAUGGGUGGUGGUAUGGUGUCAUUCAGAAUCAAGGGUGGACACGAAGCAGCCGAGCGAUUCUGCCAGUACACAUCUCUCUUCACACUCGCCGAGUCUCUUGGAGGAAUUGAGUCCUUGGUGGAAGUUCCAAGCAGCAUGACACACGCCGGUAUCCCCAAGGAGCAACGAGAAGCAGUCGGAGUAUUUGACGAUCUUGUCCGAGUCAGCUGUGGUAUCGAAGACGCAGAAGACCUCAAAGCCGAUGUUCUUCAAGCGCUUGAGAAGGCAGUCGUCUGGCCAAAAAUCACAAAUGGUAUCAAUGGUCUUAGCACGAACGGCGCAUAA